ACAGCAGGGCGGGCUGCAUGCACACACGUGCACGUGUGUAACCACAGCAAAACAGCCUUGCGCAGGGUAUGCACCACCAGAGCUGACCAUGGCCAUCACAGCAGCACAGCUUGGUGCCAGCUCCUCACCUGCACACAACCACUCCAGAGGAUGGCUGGGUGGGUUAGGUACCCGGAGCGGUGACAGGACCACCAACUCAUCACAUGCCAGGGCCGGCAUCACUGCCAGUCACCAGAGCCCUGAGUGUCCUCCCAGUUUUGUUUUCCAUGCCACAGCCUGCCAAAAUCUGGAGCCAGGCCACACCUCUGUCCACAGAACCAGGAAGUCUUGGGGCAGCUUCAGUAUUGCUUAGUUAUCACUGUAGCUCAUGAGCCCUGUGCAGAGGACUUGUGGAGGCAGGAGGCGUGGCACAGAGGUGGGGGGAACCUGUAGAUCAUGUCUGGAGGAAACACAUCUUGAGACAUCCCAGUUGGCCCUGGCCACACACAAGAAGCACUGGGACAGGUGUCUUCAACAGAGCAGCACUGCAUCACGCUGGUGUGACCUGCCAGGCUUUGCACCCUCUCAGAGCGUUUCAUUCCUGGGCAAGGCUUCCCCACCACCACGCAUGGCUGGCCGGACAGUAGCCGUCAUCGGUGCCGGUGCCUCUGGCUUGUGCGCCCUGAAAUGCUGCCUGGAUGAGGGGCUGGUACCCACCUGCUUUGAGAGGAGCGGGGACAUCGGGGGGCUCUGGCGCUUUGAGGAGAACCCCGAGGAGGGCCGUGCCAGCAUCUACCGCUCUGUCAUCAUCAAUGCCUCCAAGGAGAUGAUGUGCUUCAGCGACUUCCCCAUCCCCGAGGACUUCCCCAACUUCAUGCACAACUCUAAAAUCAUGGAGUACUUCCGCAUGUACGCCCAGCACUUUGACCUGCUCUGCCACAUCCGUUUCAGGACCAGCGUGUGCCGCGUGUCCAAGCGCCCUGACUUCGCCACCACGGGGCAGUGGGAGGUGGUGACAGAGAGCGAGGGCAAGCAGGAGGCGGCCGUCUAUGACGCUGUGCUGGUGUGCACCGGGCACCACACGGAGGCACACCUCCCACUGAGCAACUUCCCAGGGCUGGAAAAGUUUCAGGGCUGGUACCUGCACAGCCGGGACUACAAGAGCUCACAGCCCUUUCUGGGGAAGCAGGUGGUGAUUGUUGGCACUGGGAAUUCAGGCAUUGACAUCGCAGUGGAGCUGAGCCAUGCAGCGAAGCAGGUCUUCGUCAGCACCAGGCGAGGGACCUGGGUGUGGCACCGGGUGGCAGACUCCGGGUACCCCUAUGACAUCCUCUACAUCACCCGCUUCCUAUGGUACUUUCUUAACCUGCUGCCUCAAAAUGUUAGCAGUUAUAUCACAGAGAGGAAGAUGAACACCCGCUUCAACCACGCGCUGUACAGGCUGCAGCCCAAGCACCGGUUCCUUGAACAGCAUCCAACUGUUAAUGAUGACCUGCCCAACCGCAUCCUUUCAGGCAGGGUGCAGGUGAAGCCAAACAUCCAGGAGUUCACAGAGACGUCUGCCAUCUUUGAAGACGGCACCAGGGAAGACAUUGAUGCAGUGGUCUUUGCCACAGGAUACAGCUUCUCCUUCCCCUUCCUCGAGAGCUGUGUGAAAGUGGUGGAGAACCAGAUCUCCCUCUACAAAUUUGUGUUCCUCCCUGACCUGGAGAAGCCAACACUAGCCUUCAUCGGCCUCAUCCAGCCACUGGGUCCCUUAAUGCCGAUCUCUGAGCUCCAGAGUCGCUGGGCCACCCGUGUGUUCAAGGGGCUCAACAAGCUGCCCCCACGGCACGACAUGGAGGCUGACAUCAAGCAGAAGAAAGAAGCGAUGGCAAAGCGGUAUGUGAAGAGCCAGCGGCACACCAUCCAGGUGGAUUACAUCCCCUACAUGGACGAGCUCGCCUGCCAGGUGGGGGUGAAGCCCAACGUGCUGGCCCUCUUCCUCACCGACCCCAGGCUGGCGCUGGAGGUGGCCUUCGGGCCCUGCACACCGUACCAGUUCCGCCUGCGGGGCCCGGGCGCGUGGGCGGGCGCCAGGGAGGCCAUCCUCACCCAGCAGCAGCGUGUGGUCAGGCCCCUGCAAGCCGGAGCCAGGGACCGUCCUGCUCGCUCCAGCGCUGUGACCUGCAAGCAUCUUUAAAGUCUUUUUUGGUGUUGGUUUAAUGGUGGCCAUCUUUGUCUAUGCCUCGCUCUGUCCUUAACCUAAAAUGAAGGAGCGAGCUGGUCCUCCUGACAAUCUUCUUUUCUUUGGGCUUGGGUAUUUCUGUAGUCUCUCGUUAGGUUUGCCACCACAGGAGGAUGCAUGGAGGGAGUUGGUUCCUUGAAGCUGCAGCCUGUGUCUCACCUUCCUGGUGUGCCAGGGCCUCAACAGGUCUCAUCAGAGGCUACUCCAAGGACAGGACCCCUUCCCUAAAUCCUGGACCUGCAGCUCCACAAGCUCUAACCGUGGGUGAGGUCGGCGCUGAGGUGCUGGGGAAACCACAGACUCGCCUAGCCAGGGAUCCUCGGGAAAACGUCAAUAAAGCUUGUCCCUGUUCCGAGAGGAGCCGGGAAUCACACCGUG